AUGGCCACGACCGAAAAUCUUUCGCUUCAGCAGUCACAAGUAUUAGAUCCCGCGGACGCUGAUUCGAGACCACGCGAAUCGAGAACAACCAAGCUCUGCGUGCUCGUCGGGUCUGGCAUCCUCCAGUUACCGAUAUGGGGCUUCGGAAUGAGCUACGGCGUGUUCCAAGAGUACUACUCCAACAACUGGACAUUCGCCGGCGACCGCAGCAUCACUGGCGUGAUCGGCACCACAGCCAACGGCGUCAUGUACCUCUCCAUGCCCUUUCUGUUCGCGCUAUUUACCAGGCGCUGGGCGCAUCGCCGCCGCCUCGCUGCCCUCUGUGGGACAGCCAUGGCAUGCGCGAGCUUCCUGCUCUCGUCGUACAGCAGGACGAUCACGCACUUGCUCGCGACGCAGGGUGUCACGUCGGCGCUGGGCUGCGCGUUGAUCUAUAGCACCACCACCCUCUCGCUGGGCGAAUGGUACAGUACCAGUGGGAGCAACCGAGCGAUCGCGUAUGGGAUCGUUCUGUCAUGCAAGAACAUUGUCGGGACCGCGUGCCCGUUUCUUAUUCGCGCGCUGAUAGACGCCUAUGGCUAUCAGAGGACUGUCCAGGCCUGGGCGGCGAUUGUCGGCGGCACAAGCCUUCUAGGUAUCCUUAUGACCCCUACGCAUCCGUCAACGGCAUCGGUCCAUCGAACCCGCGCCCGCAAGAUCCCAUGGCACUUCCUCCGUCACAGGUCAAUCUACUUCUACAGCAGCGCGAUUAUCUUCCAGAGCUCUGGGUACGGAAUCCCGCAGACGUACCUGGGUAGCUAUGCGAAGGACAUCGCGCUCCUGUCUGGCGCAUCGGGGACGUUACUGCUGGCCGUUUUUAAUACCCCGGGCAUUGUUAGUUCGAUCUUCUUCGGCUGGUUGAGCGACAACCAGCGCUUCAGAUUGAACACCCAGACCGUGGCUGCCAUCCCGCCCAUUGCCAGUGCCAUUGCCACAUUGCUCUUCUGGGGCUUGACGACCCCGGGCAAUAUCGGGCUCCUCGUGGUCUUCUCCAUUACUUUUGGCUUUUUCUCGGGCGGGUACAGUGCGACGUGGGGCGGGAUGCUGAAGCAGAUGGAGCGCGAGUCUGCAGAGCGGAACGAGGCGAUUGACUCGGGCAUGCUCUACGGGCUCCUGAAUGGGGUGCGAGGUAUAGGAUAUGCGAGCGGUGGGUUUGCAAGUGUUGGGUUGUUGAAGGCUGGAGUUGUACCGGCUAGCUCGCGGUUUGGCUAUGGGACCGUGUACGGACCGCUUAUCCUGUUUACGGCGCUUUCUUCGGUUCUUGGAGGAUGGGUCGUUCUGUGGAGGUGGGACUUGAGGAGACUGUUGCUCUCGGUGACGCAGAUUGCGGAGAUUUAUCAAGCAGUGGAUACCAGACUCGUGUCUCUUACGGAGGACUAA